AUGAGUCGAUGGUCGCCGUCGCGAGUGAUUACUGACCGCAAGUCUCGUUUCCAAGGGUUCCAUAUACCUUUGGCCACCUCUAAAGAGAUUCCUACCUUGAUAGAGCAAUUUCUCGCCGAGAACAAGGCGGCCAAACGCGCUUCCCAUCCUCAUAUCUACGCGUGGAAGACUCAAACUGGCCAGGCAAUUGCCCAGGGACACGAGGAUAAUGGCGAAAAAGGUGCUGGAGCCCGUCUUUUGGAUGGUGUGGUGUUAAAGCACGACCUAACCAAUAUUCUCGUCAUUGUCACUCGCUGGUACGGAGGCACCCCUUUGGGAGGCGCCCGAUUCCGCCACAUCGUCCACGCCGGCGUCGAUCUGAUCAAACAACGAAUGAAUUGA